UGAGUGGCCACAGUGCUGUCUCGACCGGGGUCUGUCAAGUAGGGCUGUCACCCCUGGUGUGUUUACCCUCUGCUGCCGAGCGGGCUCGAGCCCUGGCAGCGCGGGAUGGGGGCGUGGGGGAACCGAAAUGAUGGGGAGGAUGGCCCGCUGGGAGCCUGAGAUAGCUUGACCGCUAUGAGCUCAGCCAAUCCGCUUCGCGAACGCGUCCACUCCCCCAUACUUGUUACAGAGAUCUGGGUGCGGGUAAUCAAUGUUGGUGCUGCCUUUUUCCUUCUUUUCUCUUUUGCGCGUUUGGGAUAUAACCUGGCUGCGUUGUGAUGCGAAUUCCUCAACGACACCUCAUUCACGCCUGCCUCUUGUCUGUCUGCCGGUAAUAUUCUACAAAAAUAUGCCCAAUCUCCAACCGUCCUUCUUUUCUUUCUUGGGACUCCAACCAAGACACCAUGGCGAGCCCUUCCUUGCCGGCGAAUGCGAAUGGAAAGCCAAAAGUCGGUCUGACACAAACCGGAAGUCAAGGUGGCGUGGCGUGAUUUUGCCGAGCAGGGCUCGAUGGGCCUGGGAAAGGACUUUUGAUGCGGUUCCUGAAUUACUAAGGCUUCGUUUCAGCUGUCUUGUCUCUCUCCUUUCUUUUGGCAAACCGCCAACCUCCAAUGAGAUUUGCCAAAGCCUCUUUCCUUCUCACAGACCAACUGCGCUACUGCGAGAGCAGACGGACGAUGCCAGCGGCACCACUCUGUCUUUUUUUCGCCAAACAGACUACAGACAGCCCCUGAGCCGUGUCUGCCCCUUCCAUCUCCUGGCCAGAUUGGGAGCUUGAGGUGGCCAUAGGUUGUCGGAACGUGUUAAGAAGACCGUAUGAUGCCGAAUGAUGGCGGAAUGAGAGGGGAGAUUGCGCUAGCUCUUGUCUCCAUACAUGCAAGUCAGUGACUUGAGACUACAGCUGCAGAUACAUCGGCCUCGGAAAUGCAGGUGCUGUAGCAG